UUUUCACUGAGAAUUUCCUAUUCACUUUUCCUACCGACUCUCUACCCGCCCUGAAUUACAGCUACAGCAGUGUGUUAAUCAGGCAUUGGUUUUGACGUUGAUGUCAAUUCCCGGAGAAGCUCCAACAAGAGAAUCCCAAAUGAAUAUCGGAUUUUGGGGUUUGCAAUUUGUGUUCAUUUUUUGUAUUUUCUAAUUUUCUUUUUGGAUUAUUCUACCCUUGUUUUGAUUCUGAUAAUGAUCAUAAAUCACCUGAGACAACGAUGAGGAAAAUUAGGGAGGAGGUUUACAGGUUGCUGGUUUUCUCUGUGUUUUUCUUAGGGUUGGAGUUGGAGUAGUGAGAAGAUUAGGAAUGGGAGGCAUCACUAAGGAAUGAGCAAUGGGCAGGAAUUUUUUUGUAAUCCACUCCACUCGGAAGUCGGAUCUUUGUUGUCAAAUAAACAUUUUAAGAAAUUUACUAAAUCUUAUUUAAGAAAUUUGGCCUUCAGAGACAAAGGACGAGAGAGAAAAUGAAAAUAAAGGUUUUCUCGGUGGCAGCGCCCCAUCCCCAUGGGUUGAAUCUCCCUGCUCGGCUGCUCGUUCUAUUCAUCCUGUCGGCAUCACCUUUAUCACUUGACUUUAAAAGGAUGGAAAUGGGAGAGAUCCACAUCUGAUCUCAACAGAAGAGACAUUCUCCAGUCUCCACCAUCAACUCUCAGAGGCUCAGAGAGCAGAAGAUGAAUGGGAAUGGUAAGAACGUCGUCCUGUUCCCGUUCAUGGCGCAGGGGCACCUCAACCCUUUCCUUGAUCUGGCCCGUCUCUUCGCCUUCCGAGCACCUUCCCUUACCAUCACUUUCGUCAGCACCCCCGCCAACAACCUUAGCCUACGCCCACGCUUCCUCUCCUACCCAACCAUCCGCUUCCUCGACCUCUCCUUCCACAUCGACGGCGACCCCCCUCUCCCUGACAACGCUGAGAACACCGACGUCUUCACAACACAAUCAUACAUCUCGCGCUUCUACCUUGGCUCAGAGUCCCUUUUUCGUCACUCCUUCCACCGUCUCAUCUCCCAGAUUACCGAAUCAGACGGCGGUCGUCCCCCCGUCUGCAUCAUCUCCGAUAUGUUCUUAGCAUGGACGAUCGAUUUUGCACACAGCUUUGGGUCCCUUCAUAUCCCUCUUUACACCUCCGGUCCUUACGCCAUGUCCAUCUAUAACUCCAUCUGGACUCAUCUUCCCCACACGCUCACCUGUUCCGACGUGUUCACCCUCCCCGACGUCCCAGGCAUCACCCUACACCGCACCCAACUCUCCAACAACAUGAAAGCUGCAUCCAAGGAUAAAAGGUCAUCGGAAUUCGUCAAACGACAGGCGGAUUGCUGCCGGAGAUCCGACGGGAGUCUCUGGAACACCGUCGAAGUGCUCGAGAAGUCAAGCCUCCACAACUGGGCACAAUCAACAGGCAAACCCGUAUGGGCGAUUGGGCCUCUGCUUCCCAGGUCCUGUGACGAACACGAAAGAGGAGGGAAACGGCCUGGGCUUUCCCCCGAAGCAUGCAUCGAAUGGCUUAACCUGCACCCACCCAAUUCAGUGUUGUACGUGUCCUUUGGGUCGCAGAACAGCGUUACCGUCGCUCAGAUGAAGGAGCUCGCAAAUGGGUUGGAACAGAGUGGGAGGCCUUUCAUCUGGGCACUUCGGAAUCCGACUGGGUUCGACGGCAGGGAGAGUUUCAGAGAAGAAUGGUUGCCGGAUGGGUUCCAAGAAAGAAUGAAAGAUAGCAAACACGGUCUGCUGGUGCAUAACUGGGCGCCUCAAAUUGACAUACUGUCUCACACAUCGACGGGUGCAUUUCUGAGCCACUGUGGUUGGAAUUCGGUUUUAGAGAGCUUGGGCAGAGGAGUGCCCAUCAUCGGGUGGCCUCUUGCGGCGGAGCAAUUCUACAAUUCGAAAUUGUUGGAGGAGGAGCUGGGUGCGUGCAUGGAAUUGGCAAGAGGGAGCGAUGCGAUAGUGGAAGGCGGAGAUGUGGCGAGGAUAGUCAGAUUGGUGAUGGAGGGUGAGGAAGGCGAGGAGAUGAGAAGGAAAGCUAAGGGAUUGAGAGAGGAGAUGAAGAUGGCUGUAAUGGAGGGAGACGGACAGAGAGGAUCUUCGCUUCGUGCAUUCGAUGACUUUGUCGAGACACUGAUAUUGCGAUGUGACAAGUCUGAAAAACCUGAACGAGAGUAAUGCUUUCUUGCUCAGAGUUGCGUUGUUUUCUGCAGUUUAUGUAUGGAUAUCUUUUAUGGGUAUUAUUGUCAAAAAUAAAACGGAACUCUCAAGUCUGAGAGAAAACCGCUUUGAAUGAUAGAGAUGAUUGAUUAUUAAUCUGAUCGAUCGAUCGUUAUCAUAGAGACGUCACCAGUUACUCCAUACUUGCUCUCUGUCUUUUUGUGCAAAUCAAAUACAUAAAAGAGAAUGUAUUCGGGUUGGAUCCACGAGCCCAUGUUAAAGGGUCUUGGCAGAUAUAAUAUUUGGAUGAGAUUUCGUUCCUC